AUGGCCCAGUCUGUGCAGGAAGGGGUGAUGGCAUCAGAGGGCCUCUGCUGGGAGGCCCUGCAGGCGCCGAGGAGUUCCGACAGGGGACUCUUGUCCUACCACCUCGACUGGCUGUUGAGGGGCCAGGAGACUUUGGAAGAAUGCAUGUCCAUUCCUGAGUGGUCGACUUCCUCUGGAUGCGUGGUGGACCACAUCUUGCCUCCCUCUCAGCAGAAUCGACUUCCCUCUGAGGAUUCAUCGCUCUCUUCUGCUCCUGACCAAGUACUGUCUGUUCCUCAGAGCCCUGCCAGACAUGCAAAAGUCUCCUCGCCAGUUUCCCUUGCAGCUCCAAGUGGAACUCGGCGUCAGGAGGAUGAACUCCAUCAGGCAAAAUCUGUGGUACUUCGCCCCUUGCGGGGAACGGAGGUGGAAGGAUGCAUUCGAUUGUAUGAGGAGGUGCACAGGCUGAAGGGAACUAGAGGACUGAGGCAGAGGCAGGAAGAGCAUGAGAGGAAGGCAAGGCUCCUCUCUGAGAUGGCCUCAGAGCAGCUGAAGCGGUUUGAUGAACGAACGUCAUGGAAACAGCACAAGGAGUUUCAGGACCUUCAGGAAGGGAUGGAGAAAAGUUUCAAAGAAACACAGGUGAAGCUGCGCAAGGCUGAACAACAGCCAUCGAGGCACACGGGGCAAGGACGGCUCAGGAAAGAAGAAGGCCAGGAUCGCUGGCGGCGUCUCUAUGCCCUCCAAGAGGAGGCACUGCAGCUCAACCAGCAGCUGGGUGCCAGUUAUCGGCACAACGGCCUACCGAGAUGGGAUCUGUCUGCAUUUGGAGGCAGGGGAGACCAGUUGUGUGCGCUUAUUUCAGACAUCAUUCGGAGCGCCAGUGAGAGAGGUUUUCCUGCCCCAGAAGAUGAAGCCACCGCAGAACGGGCCCUGCAGGAAAUGCGGCACGUGCUUACUGGUUUACAGCAGGAGAUGGCCAAGGCUACUGAGGAAAAGAGGAGGCCAGAUGAAGAGGAGUGCGAGGACAAACAGGGGCAAUUGGAGCAGCGGCCGAGAGCCGAGAAGGAGACCCCAGAUCCUGGUCAGUGUCCCGGAGGGAAACAGAGAGAAGGCCUCCACGUCAAAGCAGGAGACGGUACCAUGCAGUGGUACCAGCAGCUACAGGAUGCUGCCAAUCAAUGUGUCUUGGCUUUUGAUGCAUUAACCAAUAGCAAAGAUCAGGAGGCCAAGAAGAUCAAAAUGGACCUGCAGAAAGCUGCCACUAUUCCUGUGAGCCAGAUCUCUACAAUAGCAGGCUCACAGCUGAAGGAGAUCUUUGACAAGAUCAACAAUCUGCUCUUGGGGAAAGCUGUCCCCUGCGGUGGUCGGUCUGUGUCAGUGACAAACCACCAACAAGGCCUGGACUUUGUCCACUACAAGCUGGCAGAGAAAUUCGUGAAACAAGGAGAAGAAGAGGCUUCUCAUCACGAAGCAGCAUUCCCCAUUGCUGCUGUGGCAUCCGGAAUCUGGGAACUCCAUCCCAGAGUGGGGGAACUCAUCCUUGCUCAUCUUCACAAAAAAUGCCCUUACUCCGUGCCUUUCUACCCAGCCUUCCAGGAGGGCAUGGCCUCGGAAGAAUAUCAGAAGCUCCUUGGCUACCAAGUCAAGGAUUCCAAAGUAGAACAACAAGAUAGCUUUCUGAAGAGGAUGUCUGGCAUGAUUCGUCUCUACGCUGCUAUCAUUCAACUCCGCUGGCCUUAUGCAGAGAGACAAGGGGCUCAUCCUCAUGGCUUAAACCAUGGCUGGCGCUGGCUGGCACAGCUCCUGAACAUGGAGCCUCUGGCAGAUGUGACCGCCACUCUUCUCUUUGACUUCUUAGAGGUAUGUGGGAAUGCGCUCAUGAAACAGUACCAGCUUCAGUUCUGGAAGAUGAUGCUACUCAUAAAGGAAGAAUAUUUUCCCCGAAUUAAAGGCAUCACCAGUUCAGGACAAAUGGGGUCUUUCAUAUGUCUCAAACGGUUCCUGGAGAACUGUCUGCAGCAAGGGGAGAUCCCCGUCCCAAAGGGCUCCCUGCCGCCUUCUUUCUGGCUUUCCUGA